AUGAGAGUCACACCGUCUUACAUUCCCUCUGUGUCUCAUUGUCCCCUGCAGCACAGGUGUCCGGGAGGCGGGCAGUGCAUGAGACGGGGAGGCUACUGCGACUUCAAUCAGGAUUGCAGCGAUGGCAGCGACGAGGGCGAGGAGGAGUGCAGCGAGCUGUACAAGCAGGGGUACUGCCAGAGACAAGGAAUGAUAGAAUGCCCCUCCGAUCCCACAUAUUGCAUAUCCGAGACCGACCUGUGUGACGGCGAGGAGCACUGCCUGGGAGGCUGGGACGAGGCAAACUGCUUGCCCCACCCGUGCCCCCCCGGUUGGCUCAAAUGCCCCAAGACUGGUUACUGCACGCCUGCUGGUAACCUGUGUGAUGGGGUUACGGACUGCUUCGCCACUCCCGAGCCUGAGGACGAGGACCCGGACCUGUGCCGAGCCUAUGCGUGCCCGGAGGGUUGGAGGAAGUGUGCGGAUGGGGAGCAGUGCGUGCAGCAGGGGCGGUGGUGCGACGGGCUGGUGGACUGCGCUGGUCCUUCCUCCCUCCCUCGUUUCCAGCCAACUUCCCCAUGCAUGCCCCAUCACACUGCCCUCCCUGCCACGCAGAUGGGAGUGACGAAGGGGCUGCUUCAGCAGGACUACGAGCGGCGACGCGGGGAGAUGGAGCAGCUGCGGCAACAGCUCAAGGAGGUCGCUGCGCACAACGAGUCCCUCCGCGGGGAGAUCUCCUCCAAUGACGCGCGGGCGCGCGAGACGGAGGCGCAGCUACGCGCGCAGAUGCAGGCGGAACGGUCAGAGUUGGAACGAGGCGCCGCCGUCGCUUCCGCGCGCGCGGCUUCCGACCUUCGCGCGGCUCUCUCCGCGCGAGACGAGGCGUUUUCUCGCGAGCGCGCGGGGCUCGCGCAGCAGCUGGCGGACCUGCGGCGGGAGCUUCAGGCGGAACGGGAGAAAGAUCACCCGUGCUUCACAUGCGCGGAGCGCGCCUGGAGGGACGAGGAGGAGGCGGAGGAGGAAGCGGAGAGGCGGAGGCGCAGCGAGGCGGAAGUUGCGCGCUGGCAGCAGGCGGCGGGGCUUGCAGCGGCGGGACUCGUUAUAGAAAGCGCCGCUAAGGAGUUUCUUUUAGACCGAGUAGACGAUCUGGAGCGAUCCGAAGUCGAGAUGGAGCAAGAGCGGCUCGAGAGCGAGAGGGUGGAGCGGGAGGAAGGUAGGCGGGAAGGGGAAGCGCGCGCUCGUGCGGAAGCGGAGAGCCAGCGGCAGCGGAUCUUGGCGCAAUGGGCGGAGGAGCGGGAUGCGUGGGAGCGGCGCACGGCGGAAAAAGACCAGGAAGUUGCGCGACUGGUGGCGGAGAAGGCGGAGGUAGAGAUUAAGUUGCGGGGCGCGGAGGCGGAGGUAGAGAGACUUAAAGCGGAGGCGGCGGCGCAGCAGCGCGUGGUGGAGAACCUCACGCGCGACCGCCACAUGCUCGCGCGCAAGUCGGAGGAUCUUUCCGCGCGCGCGGCGGCGGCGCAGAGACGCGCUGAUUUGGCGGAGGAGGCGGCGGAGGUAGCGGAGGCGCAGGCGGAGGACGAGCGCGACCUGGCGGCGUCGCUGCAGCGCGAGUUGCAGAUGCUGAAGGCGAAGUUCCUGCACCAGGAGGCGGAGAAAGAGAAACUGGAGAUGGACGUGGCAGAGGCACGAGACCAGCUGAGUGUGGUGGAGGAGCAGGAUGCGAUAGUGAGGAAGAACCUGCGGAAGGCAGAGGAGGAGCUUGAUGUGCUGGUGGACGAGUGUGCGGAGAUGAGGCGCAUACUGCGGCUGACAGUGCAGGCGUUUGAAUACCAUAAGGACUCCAUCCUUCACCUCCCGGGGAUGAAGAACCUGUCAGCCGAGCUUGUGACAGCGGCGGCAGAGUUUGAGGAUGAGGAGCGGACUGAUGGAGAUGACAGCAAUCUGCCGGUCCCACAUGGCGCGUCUCCCUCACACCUUGUUGGCCAACUUAAGACCUUCGCAGCUACUCUUGGACACCUGUCGCGGUUUAGUGCGUACGGGAAGUUAGCAGCCUUCAGGAAAAAGAGCGAAAUCUGGAGCAGCGGUAUCGAGAUCGUGGUGGUCCCACCUGGAAUCGAUGUAGCAGACGAUUCCAUGCUCGAGGAUCUGCGUGGUACCUUCUUCCCUUCCGCAAUCCAGAAGAAAGUAAAGGGAAACUAUACCUUGGUUCAGAGGCUCUUUGACCUUCCGAUUGUGGUGAUCGUUUCUGGUGACACUGGGCUGCUCCCAUCAAUCAAUGAUUUCCUUCGCAUGGGAGUGAAACUCUUACUGUUCAGUCAUCAUGUGUGGAUUCUUGCUGGGACUGGCUAA